CAAUCGCCGUGGCCUCCACUUCAGACCUACAGAUAGAAUGAAGAGAGCAUAGGCUUUGUACCGACUUCCGUUCAUAGGGCCUUUCGUCUGUCCUUUCGAAGUCGAUCUUCUGCGAGUCUAUGACGUCGAUAUCGGUAUUUAAGGUUAUCCAUAACGACGAACUUGUCUUCUCGCAGAACUGGCUUCGGGAACGACUCACCAAGCUCAUGAUCAAGAAGGCUAUCAAUCAAGUGUUGAAGCCCCAUUUAGCUGCAAUGUCUGCUGGAGGUGCUGCUGCCGGCUGUGCGUCUUAUUCAUGGGCUGCCGUACCCUUCACAACCUUCCCUGCGCAAUGGCCUUACACGGAGACGGAUAUGCGUCGUAUGGACCCUUCGCCGGACUCCAACUUCUACUCUUCUCCCCGUUUCGUGACACACAUCGAUGAUCGCGCCAUCGGCGUACUCGAGAGGUAUUACGCCAGCGUCCACUCCGAGGGCAUGCGCAUCCUGGACAUCUGCUCGAGUUGGGUCUCACAUGUUCCCUCGUAUGAGAGUCUUGAGCUACACGGUCUGGGUAUGAACGAGACUGAGCUCAAGGGGAAUCCCGCUCUGCAAGGGCGGUAUAAGGUCAUUGAUCUCAACGUUCGUCCAGCUGGGUGGAAAAGCGAGUAUGGCGGCACACAAUUUGAUUCAAUCAUUUGCACUGUAUCGAUUGAUUAUCUUGAGAAGCCACGUGAGGUACUCAGCGAAGUUGCAGGUUGCCUCAAACCGGGCGGCUAUGUUCAUCUGGCAAUCUCCAAUCGCUGCUUUCCUACAAAGGUAGUCGGAAGGUGGCUGCGUAUUUCGGAGGAAGAGAGGCUGGAGAUGAUAGCGAACUAUUUCCAUUUUGCGCGAUCGCCCUUCGGCCAUGACACAGAUCAGCGACCGCAGUCGAACUUUGAACCGGGCCAGCUGUACGUUGCUAUUGAGAAGAUCACACUCAGUGAUGGGCAGGGAUGGACUGAUCCAUUGUGGAUUGUCAGAGCAAAGAGACGAUAGAUAUAGUAAUAAACGCUCCAGAAUAUGUCUCCAGAUUAAUCCCAUUUGAUCUCCGCAGAGCCGACACACUUCCCUUUGAAAUACCUCUCCGCCUUCAACUCUACACCAUCAAUGGUAAGCCGGAUGUCAUAGUUGACUUCGUAGUACGGCUGCCCGUUGGUCGCAAUAAGGC